CUUUUGGUUGCAUCUUUCUCUUCUCUCUCUCUCCAUUCCCUUCUUCCAUCCGUAAAAGGCCAAUAACCUUUUUUUUCAUUUUCUCUCCCGAAGCCCGAACUAAUAUGAAACUUUUUAGGGACUGUUUCUUCUCAUUCUCACUCUCAUAGAACUUGUAUCAAACACUUAGAGACCAGCGGCAUUUCCCGGCGCUUCAAUGGCCGCCGCCGCCGCCAUCUCUUUCUCAAUCCUUCCUUCAUCUUCACUCAGCUUUGUCUCCGACCGCCCUCGCCUUGUUACCUCACCAACAACUUCUCUCUUUUCCUCUUCCUCUUCUUCGUUCUUGUCGCACAAAAGCUUAAUUUCCCUUCAUUCUUGUUCGCCCCAUUCGAAGCUUUAUACAAGAAGGCUCUGUGCUAAAAGUGGAUUUGGGUCCGUGAUUACUGCUUCGGGGGACUAUUAUGCCACUCUCGGUGUUCCGAAAUCUGCCUCUGGCAAGGAAAUUAAGGCUGCUUAUCGAAGGUUAGCUCGCCAGUACCAUCCUGAUGUCAACAAGCAACCCGGAGCAACUGAGAAGUUUAAAGAAAUCAGUACUGCAUAUGAGGUGCUAUCAGAUGAUAAAAAACGAGCUUUAUAUGAUCAAUAUGGAGAAGCUGGAGUUAAGAGCACAGUAGGAGGAGGAUCAAGUGCCUAUACGACUAAUCCAUUUGAUUUAUUCGAGACAUUUUUUGGACCAAGCAUGGGUGGGUUCCCUGGUAUGGACCAAGGUGGAUUUGGAACACGCCGUCGUAGCACUGUUACUAAGGGUCAAGAUAUACGAUAUGACAUCUCUUUAGAAUUUGCGGAGGCUAUUUUUGGAGCAGAGAAAGAAUUCGAACUUUCUCAUCUGGAAACAUGUGAAGCUUGCACUGGAACUGGAGCAAAACUAGGCUCCAAAAAUAGGAUAUGUUCAACUUGUGGUGGGAGGGGUCAAGUUAUGAGAACUGAGCAAACUCCUUUUGGAAUGUUUUCCCAGGUUUCUGUAUGUCCAACUUGUAGUGGAGAUGGUGAGGUCAUUUCAGAAUACUGUCGAAAAUGUUCAGGCGAAGGACGCAUUCGGGUGAAGAAAAAUAUUAAAGUUAAAAUUCCACCUGGCGUUAGUACUGGCAGUAUUCUGAGAGUUGCUGGAGAGGGUGAUGUUGGACCAAAAGGGGGCCCUCCUGGAGAUCUUUUUGUAUAUCUUGACGUGGAAGAGAUAGCAGGAAUUCAAAGAGAUGGGAUAAACCUCAAUUCCACAAUAUCUAUCAGUUAUCUUGAUGCCAUCUUGGGGACUGUCGUUAAGGUGAAGACGGUUGAAGGAAUGACUGAACUUCAAAUUCCACCAGGUACCCAACCUGGGGAUACUCUCGUUUUGUCAAAGAAAGGUGCACCAAAAUUGAACAGACCAUCAAUACGUGGUGAUCAUCUAUUUACAAUCAAGGUUGCCAUUCCAAAUCGUAUUAGUUCCAAGGAGCGCGAAUUGCUUGAAGAACUAGCUUUACUGAAAAAUACCAAUGCCAGCCGCCCAAGAACUCGCCAACAACCUCGGCCAGUUAGUACUAAGAGUACAGAAAGUCCAGUCGAGAGCGUCGAAGAGAAAACAGAGGAAUCAGGAGAUCAGGAUGACAUUUUGCAGAAGCUAAAGGACUUUGCUGGCUCUGUUGCAAAUGGAGCUCUAAAAUGGCUGAAAGACAACCUCUAGGCUGGGAUUUUCAUUCGGUGAAUUCGAACAGACAACGGCUCCCCCCACCUAACGGAGGCUGACCUUUCUGCCCUGGGUCUCUAAGGACUGCAGUGGCAGAUAAUUUUUUUUUAUGUCUUUGUAACUUGUAAAUCUUAGAAACCCAACAAGCGAAGUAAUACUAAAUAGCCAUCUGCUCUGCAUUCAUAGUUUGAUAUGCAUUCAAAUUUUGAAUAGAGACAUAAUACACGAGGCAAGUUUUUUAUUUUUA